AUGAACUUUGUCCGCAAUCGUACGAGCAUCCCGGUCCCGCAAGUCUACAAUGCAUACACCGACGACACAACUGGCCACGUGCGAAUUGUGAUGGAGUUUAUCGAGGGACGGAAUCUCGACCGCGCUUGGGAGACGUACACGGACUCUGAGAAGCAGUCUGUCGUCUCGCAGCUUCGCAAAUACAUGGACGAACUCCGCCAGAUUACGGGUUCGUACAUUGGAAGUGUCGACGGGUCAUGGUGCAACGAUCACUAUUUCGAUAACGAACGAGGCGGAUAUGGUCCAUUUGCAAGCGAAGAAGAGUUUAACGAGGGCAUCGUCAGGGCUUUGCGAAAGUCCAAGCCGUAUGACUGGGUGGAAUAUUACUGCGAUAUAUUCAAAGAGGUCAUGGUGGAUCACAAGAUCGUCAUGACGCACAAUGACAUGGACCCUCGAAACAUCAUCGUCCAAGGAUCCAAGGUCGUUGCACUACUGGACUGGGAACUCUCCGGCUACUUUCCGGAAUACUGGGAAUACUGCAAGGCAAUGAGGCGACCUGACUGGGAAAGCGCGUGGGUUAAGGAGAGGGCUUUGGAGAAAAUCGUUAAGCCUUACAGGAAGGAGAUGUCGGUUAUUUGGAACACGACCGAAAUUAUAUGGUGA